AGCAUUCGCCCGAAUGGUAAAGCCAGUGCUAAACUCGAUCGCGGAACGGGACGACGUUUUACCCGAAAACGGUCAGAGCUUACGCGCGGAAAACCUUUUUGCUGGGAACUUUUUUUGGAACUUUCCUUACUAAUUGUGAUCGUACAGUGCGUGCCCAGAGGAGUUCGCAAAGUUGCUGGAUAUUCGUAUAACUGAAAAAGUUGGGGAGCAUGGAGACCGUCGUUAAAUAUUUACUCCUAGCUCUUGCAUUGACCUCAGUGCAAAUAUCCUUUACUGAGAGCCGUCUAAAUGAAAAACGUAGGGAUAAAACCGAAAGGAGAUACCACGCUGUACAGGCCAAAGACAACAUGUGCGAAAUAACGAACAGAGAAUCGAAAGUGCAUUGCUAUUGUGAAAACAUUGAAGUAAAAACAGCAACACGCGCUGAUUGCUGGGUCUUCAACGGCGGUAUUGACGAAACCGACCCAAUUUGGUCCAGUUUCACGUCCCAGCCGCAUUUAGAGAGAUUAACAUUCAAUGUGAGGUCAGACGGAGCGCUCAAAUUCAUUCCACUUCAAGUAAUUCAUCGUCUGAAAAGACUGCAAAAGCUAUUCAUUCAUUACGCGACGUUGAACAAAAUCGAAAAGAAGACCUUUACAAACAUGUCAACAAUCAAAGAAAUAACGUUAAUGAACGAUAAAAUAAUGGAGUUAGAUUCGUUUUCGUUUUCAAACCUGCCUUCGCUCGUAAACUUAACAAUUAAGGGGAACAAAGUAACUGAGAUACAGCGAGAUGUUUUCGUCGAUUUGCCGAGUCUAAGGUAUCUCGAUUUGUCCUUCAACAGCAUUAGUCUGGCUCACGAUAGAUGUUUCGACCAUUUAAAUGUACUUAACGACUUAGUACUGGAGGCAAAUUUAAUUUCGGUCUUAACUAGAGAUACCUUUAAGGGUCUUGCAAAUUUGACGAGAUUGGAUCUGAGGUCAAACAAAUUGUCUAUGGUCGGAGAUCUAACGUUCUCAGAACUGUGGAAUUUGAAUGAACUUCUAUUGGAUAAUAAUGAAAUAACAUACUUGUCUGAAAGGGCCUUUGAUGGUCUGGCUUUGCUACAAAAACUAUCUGUGACUGGAAAUAAAUUACAGUCUAUCAACGAAGGACUUUUGGAAGGCGUCCGUGGCCUCGAAUUGUUGGACUUGAGAAAUAAUGAUAUAGAAUCAUUCACUUACGAGACUAUUAAGCCAAUACACGAAAACUUAAAAAUGAAAACAUCAGUUUUGUAUUUAAGUGGUAACAUGUUAAGCUGCGAUUGCCGUCUAUCCUGGAUUCAAGUGCUGCGGAACGAAACAAAAAGUGAACCACUCAGAGUGGCUCUAGAUGAAGUGACUUGUAUUCCAAACACAGAUAACAAAAAUAUAAACAAUGAUAACGAGAGUAAUCUUAGCGACGAAGUAAAGGUGAUUAAAAAUAAAAAUGUCUUUGAGCUUGAGGCAAACGGAGAAGUUUUUCAACAGGAUGCGAACGAUGAAGAAGUGAUCAGUGAUUCAUCGUCUUACAAAUAUGAAGAUGCCAUGAAAACAAAUGUCAAUCAAGUUGCAGUGGUCGAUAUUCCUGCUGAGAAUCUACUUUGCGCUGGAGAAGUAGUACAGAAUGGAGAAGACUCCCUAAUGCUAUCUUCUAAAGACGAAAGUUACUGGCAACCGAGCUCAAGUUUCAAAAGUCUAUCAAAUUUAUCAUUAGUGCUCACAUUGGUGAUAGUAAGUUUUGUUCAGUAAAAACUAUGACGUCAUAGACUUUUAAAUAAGUUUAAAUAAAGACUCUGUAAAGCAUUGCAACUUUUCUGUGCUAAUUAGUUUAAACAAAGAAGACUGGUCUAGUAUAUUAAAUUAACUUAUUCUAUAAGAGAUAAAUUUGUAUCUUGCGUAAGUAAUACUAUGUACUUGGACUACAGAAACGAAAUGUGUAUGAAGAAUCUUAGAUUUAUCCUUAGGAUUGCUUAUUAUUAAGUUUUUAAAAAUGAUAAAUAAUAUAAACAUGUAUACUUCAUUGAUCUAUUGGGUUGCGAUGAAAUUUAGGUUAAAAACAAUACAAUAUUUGUUACUAAAUUAUCUAUUACGAUAUUUCGCUUAAGAUAAAAGUUCUAUUGGACGAUGUUUCAGCGCUCUUUUUGUACAAACAUAAAUUAAAAUUAUGCAGAAUUUUGCUAGGUUUGACAAUUCAUCCUGUAUAUUAGUUUUAAAUUUGAUUUUAAUAUUGUGUGUGAUUGUAAGUACUAAGGUAUAUACAGUACAAGUUUAAUCAACGUAAAUAAAAUUUAAUACUGAGAAAUGAAAAUUUGCAAGCUUUCUUUUUUAGACAUAACCUAUUUCAAUAGAUAUUACCAAAAUCUUAUUCCAGUAUGAAGUUAUUUGUCGAUAAUAGUGAUAAUAAAAUAAUUAUAAAUAAGAUUGCGAUAACAAUACAUAGUUGUUUGGUAUGUGCUAAAAAGAAUAUUGUAAAUAUUUACUUAUAAUAAUAUUUUUAAGCUAGGCAUAUUGUGUUAAGAUAAGUUAAUUAGUAGCUUUAAAUGGUGAGAAAUCAUUAAAUAACAAAGUGUCCGAUAAAAAUUUUACAAAUAGAUAUAUGUUGUAUUCAUAAUUUAUCUGUAGGUGACAAGCUGUUAAAUAAAUGGCAUAAAAGACUACAUUGUCUACUUUUUGAACUCUCAUUUGCUUUGGAUGUAAAAAUGUGUACAGACAAGCUUUGACAGAAGACAGUUGACAGACAGCACUUUGGUGUGUAACACUAAAGGCACAAUCUAUUCUAUCCACAGAACAUAGAACAAUAAAGCUAACGCUUUAGCAGUAGCAAUAGCAAGGUGGCGUGGUCUGCGUAUCCUCAUAUAAGAAGACGUACUCUAAUGUAAUGUACUCAGAAGUGGGUUACGAAAAUAUGAAACCAAUGUCGAAAAAAUGUUAUGAUUCAUAAUAUUUGUUAGGACAACUUAAUUAACAAAUCAAACUAUAAAGAAUGGCAGAGAAUGACCUUGAGUGGAGUCACGCACUUGUGAACGUUUUGUAUAGGGUUAAAGAGCCCCGUGACAGAUAUCUGACAUUUCCCUUAACCACUCAAUAAGUCACUGUCCCCGCCUAUCCCGAGUAACCCAUAAGGAAUUACACAACAAGAAAUGUGGACGGCUCGAACGCCACGAGCGAUGAAGCCAUACGAAAGUCGUUCCCGCCAACUGAUCGUUACCCCUCUCUAAAUCCCUACUCUUUACGAAACAAAUCGCACCACCUAGCGUCAAAACUAAAUAUGACAGAAGCGAGUUUCAGUUGAUUCAUGAUUCCGUGAUUCUACCUGCAGUUAAACACACUAGAUCACAUUAGAUCUUACCACUUCAUUCAAAGCCGAACAUACGUCUGACUAGAAUAUCCAUCUACUACGACUUCAAUAUUAUACCACUUCUAACACAACUUAGAUAAUGAAGUCUUAUUUAUACAGGGUGUUGUGGAGUAUUUCCCAUUACUUCAAGGUGUUGACCUUGAAGUCUUUAUAUACACUUGGAUUUUAAAAUACGUAAUCGUAGUGUUAAGAAUGUCAAUAUCGAAGAAAUAUUGCAACUCCCACUUCCCACUUCACUAGUAAGCUACUUCAUGAAUUAGCCAAACUCAUUCAUUGAUAUAAUACGCCAAACUUAUUCAUUGAUAAUAUCAAUGAAUAAGUUGGGCUAGGUCAUAAUAUAAGGAUGCGAUUUAUAGAACACAAUUAAGGAUUUAUUAACAUAAGAAAUAUUUUUACUCCGAAAUUAUUCAUAAUAGAACACAUGUUCCAUACACAUUUUUAAUUAAUUUUUCUUAGAGAAUAUAACCCUAGUAUUAUGGGAAAUACUCCCGUGUAUCCUGUAUAAUAAAACUCCACCAAAUAAAUUAUUGAGUAAAAUUAUGUAGAAAGGUAAUUGAUUACUUUAAGCGGCCCUCCAGACAUGAACAAAUUUAGAAAUUACGAAAUCUCAUUUUUUCUCUUACACAAAUUCUACGCAUAGCUAUUCUUUAUUAUUAAUCUUUAAUACCCAGUGAAUUUAAUAAAGAGAAUGAUGUAAUUUUACAAAAUGUAUUAUAACACACUAUAUGCCGUGAUGGCCCAGUGGAUAUGACCUCUGCCUCUGAUUCCGGAGUGUGUGGGUUCGAAUCCGAUCCGGGGCAUGCACCUUCAACUUUUCAGCUGUGUGCAUUUUAAGAAAUUAAAUAUCACGUGCCUCUAACGGUGAAGGAAAACAUCGUGAGGAAACCUGCAUACCAGAGAAUUUUCUUAAUUCUCUGCGUGUGUGUAGUCUGCCAAUCCGCAUUAUGUCAGCGUGGUGGACUAUUAGCCUAACCCCUCUCAUUCUGAGAGAAGACUCGGGCUCAUCAGUGAGCCGAUUAUGGGUUGAUAACGAACUUUUAUAAUACUAUUAUUUAGUAAUACGUUCUCACAUUCCAUUAUUGAUAAUAUUAUAAUCCUAGUAAUUGAAAUAGCUAUAAAUAGAAAACCGAUAUCAAAUUAAUUGAAAGUAUUAAACGUGUGUUAGCUUCAGUUUUUUAUGCAUGUGUGUACCUGUUCGCAAAUAUUGUGUUUAAAAUAAUUAUGUGUAAAAAUUUUAAAUUUUGCCUGUAAAGUAUAAGAAUGUAAUAAAGUUUUUGAAUUGAA